CCAAGUUGAGCCCUCUGUUCUGAUAAUCUUCGGCCAGUUUGUUCGCGUUCCUCGUUAUCUUCCCGGGCAUCGUUAUCGUAGCUCCAUGCACGCGUGGUUCCCUGUUUCGGUCGGCAGUCCCCGAACGGUGAGCAUCAGUUGCAUGCGAAGACUGCCGCGCCAUGGCGAGCAGCCCAGCGUCCUUCUGUCCCGAGUGCCAGGCCCCCAUGGCCAACAGCGCGGCCGUCGCGUCGCACUGCCAGCGCGUGCACCGGGACGUGCACACGGUCGCCCGUUGCUGCGGCCAGCUGUUCUUCUCGCGGGGCUCGUACGCGAGCCACUGCGGCUCCCGCCACCCGCACGCGUUCGUGUGCGCCCAGUGCAAGGCGAGCUUCGACAGCGGCGCGCAGCUCAAGAGCCACCAGACGGCCUUCGUCAAGACGUACACGUGCCCCAUGUGCGGCCGGCGCGAGCCCAAGCUGGCCAAGCUGACGGGCCACGUGGAGCGCGCGCACGCCGUCAUCCUCGACCAGCGCUACGUGCUCGUCGACGUGCGGCCGCGUCGACAAGCGGGCGCCGAGAAGCGGCGCAGCGUGAUGCUCAAGCUGCUGCGCACGGUGGUGCCCUGCUGCGGGCCUCGGCCGCUGUUCCUCGGCGCCGCCCUGGAGCGCUCGUACACGUGCGGCUUCGGCAGCGAGGACGCGUACCGCGAGCCGUUCGUCGACGCGCUCUGCGAACCGGCGGACGACGCGGCCCGUGCCAGCCUCGAGGAGACCGGCGAGAGCGCCGUACGCUUCUUCGGUCCGGUGCACCCCUGAUACGGCUUUUCACUGCGUGUCUUCGCUAACAAAAGGCACGCCGCGUUAUAUAAAUAUUUUGUCUUCGUCACAAUUCUGUGACCAUCGUGACGUGCUCUACAGUAGCCAAUAAAA